AUUCCCAAUAAUUAAAUUUGUAAUAUUCAUGGAAUAUAUCUUGCCAAAUCCAAAUGCGAGAAAAAAAAUAUCGAUAGAGUAACAGUGUUGAAUUCUUCACCCACUUUGUUGUUUUUGGUGGCAACUGAUCACUACGCAAAUAGUGCCCCUCCCAUUUUCAACUCAUUUUCAGCGGACUUGCCAAUAUACUCUCUCUCUCUCUCUCUCUCUCUCUCUCUCUCACUCUCACUAAAAACCCAAUUGCAAAUCACAGCAUCACAGACUGGUCGAUCGCUUUCUGGGUUUUGUUUGUGAUAUUCUCGACUUCAAUUUGGUAAAAAUGCAAACGUCAACUUAUGGUGCACUAAAGGGGAGCAUAGGAUUUGGGGUCCAAAACCAAAGAAGGGUAUCGGGUUUUGGUGAAUUGAGAAAUAGAACAAGUACAGUAUCCAGAAAUCUGUGCGUGACUGAUAGGAGCAUUUGCUGCGGUGGAUUGUGCCUCAGUUCUGCGUCUAUGGGAGCCAAGCUUGCAGGUCUCAGAACGGGCUUUGAUGGGAUUUCCAUGUCCACGUUGAAAGCCAGAUCGGUCCAGGCUCGGGCUUCUGAUGGCGAUCUUGAGAAUCUUGUUCCCUCCAAGCCUCAGGGGAAGUCUUCUGGAACAGUUUUGCCAUUUGUUGGUGUUGCUUGUCUUGGAGCCAUUUUAUUUGGUUAUCAUCUGGGGGUGGUAAAUGGUGCUCUUGAGUACCUAUCCAAGGAUCUUGGCAUUGCUGAAAAUGCUGUAUUACAAGGGUGGGUGGUUAGUGCGCUUCUAGCCGGUGCCACAGUUGGAUCAUUUACUGGUGGAGCGUUGGCUGAUAAGUUUGGAAGAACUAGGACUUUUCAAUUAGAUGUCAUUCCUCUAGCAAUUGGAGCAUUUUUAUGUGCCACAUCCCAGAGUGUGCAAACAAUGAUAGUUGGCCGCUUACUUGCUGGCAUUGGAAUUGGCAUCACAUCUUCUAUUGUCCCACUUUAUAUAUCUGAGAUCUCUCCAACUGAAAUUCGUGGUGCGCUUGGAUCUGUAAACCAGCUUUUUAUAUGUAUUGGGAUUCUUGGAGCGCUGGUGGCUGGAUUACCUUUAGCAGCAAAUCCAUUAUGGUGGAGGACAAUGUUUGGUGUUGCAAUAGUACCCUCUGUUCUACUGGCACUAGGAAUGGCUGCUUCACCCGAAAGUCCAAGAUGGCUUUUCCAGCAAGGAAAAAUUUCUGAAGCUGAAAAGGCUAUAAAAACAUUAUAUGGAAAAGAAAGAGUUAGUGAGGUUAUGCAUGACUUAACAUCAGCAACUCAGGGUUCUGUAGAGCCUGAAGCCAGCUGGUUUGAUCUGUUCAGUAGCCGCUAUCGGAAAGUUGUUAGUGUUGGUGCGGCACUUUUCUUGUUCCAACAGUUGGCCGGGAUAAACGCUGUGGUCUAUUAUUCUACUUCUGUCUUCCGCAGUGCUGGCAUUACAUCUGAUGUUGCAGCAAGUGCUCUUGUUGGAGCAGCAAAUGUCUUCGGAACCGCUGUCGCAUCCUCAUUGAUGGACAGACAAGGAAGGAAAAGUCUUCUACUCACAAGCUUCGGUGGAAUGGCUGCUUCAAUGUUGCUGCUUUCUUUGUCCUUUACAUGGAAAGUCCUGGCUCCGUAUUCUGGCCCCCUUGCUGUUGCUGGGACUGUUCUCUAUGUAUUGUCCUUUUCACUUGGCGCUGGCCCUGUGCCUGCUCUCCUUCUUCCAGAGAUAUUUGCUUCAAGAAUCAGAGCAAAAGCAGUUUCUUUGUCAUUGGGCAUGCACUGGAUUUCAAACUUCGUCAUAGGCCUCUAUUUCUUGAGCUUUGUAACCAAGUUCGGGAUCAGCUCAGUGUAUCUCGGAUUUGCUGGUGUCUGUCUUCUUGCUGUCUUGUACGUAGCUGGUAAUGUUGUUGAAACGAAAGGGCGGUCAUUGGAGGAAAUAGAGCGUGCUCUUAGCGUUGCAACUUGAUUAUGAUACUCAAACUACAUGUAAAAAUCUCACAACAGCUUUGGAUUUUGGCCGAAGCAUAGGCACCAUCCCUCCUUUUCAUGCUAUGUGGACUAGGUCAUUUCCACCUCUCGUGGUCUUGUAUUUAGAGAUUGAACUUUUGAUUGUAACCGGAUAAAAUGGUGUCUAUGGAAUUCCAUAGCUGUGCACAAUACUACUCGGUGAUGAGUGCUUUGUGAAUAAAAUAUCUUAGUAUCUACCGUGAAUUUUAA